AUGUCCGUCCCCCGCGCAAUCCGCAAGGUCUUCUUGGCCAUCGAACAGGCCGAGGGCGCUGGGGCUCGCGUCCGCCGCUCCGUCGGAACCCCUCAACUCAGGAACUUUUCGCCCUUUUUGAUGCUUGACCACUUCAGAAUCUCUCCCGGCUCGGGUUUCCCCGAUCACCCGCACAGGGGCCAGGAGACUAUCACCUACCUCCUGCACGGCGGCGUGGACCACGAGGACUUUGCUGGCAACAAGGGCACCAUUGAAGCCGGUGACCUGCAGUUCAUGACGGCGGGCCGCGGCAUCAUGCACGCCGAGAUGCCCAAGCAGAACCCGGACGGCAGUGCCAACGUCGGCCUUCAGCUCUGGGUCGACCUGCCCAAGCACCUCAAGUCCUGCGAGCCGCGGUACCGUGACCUGCGUGCCAAGGAGAUCCCCUCGGUUGACGUCGACGGCGGCAAGGUUCACGUCAAAGUCAUCUCAGGCCAGAGCCAUGGCGUUGACUCGGUGCGCGAUUUGGCAUACACACCUGUCUGGAUCCUGGACAUUCAGAUCAGGCCCGGCGGCAAGAUCGCGCAGCCGGUGCCCAAGGGAUGGAAUGCAUUCGCGUACACGCUCGAGGGCCAGGCCAUCUUCGGCACGGGGGCGCAGCAGCGGGUCGUGGACGAGUUCCACAACGUUGUGUUUGAACAAGAUGGCGAGAUUGUCAAUAUUGAGGUCGAUGCUGGCGCGGAGAAGGACGCCCGUCUCGUGCUUAUCGCCGGUACGCCGCUCGACCAAGAGAUUGUGCAGUACGGCCCAUUCGUCCUGAGUUCCAAAGCCGAGGUGUACCAGGCCCUGAUGGACUACCAGACCCACUCGAACGGAUUCGAGAGGGCUAAGGGCUGGGAGAGUGAGAUUGGAAAGACCAUGGUUGAGUGA